CACAAUGUGGCCUUCGACCGGGCGUUCAUCAAGGAGCAGUACCUCAUCCAGGGCUCCAAGGUGCGUUUCCUGGACACCAUGAGCAUGCACAUGGCCAUCUCGGGGCUGACGGGCUUCCAGCGCAGCCUCUGGAUGGCUGCCAAGCAGGGCAAGAGGAAGGGACUGCAGCAGGUCAAGGAGCACAUGAAGAAGACACGCACCAAAACAGAGGGGCCGGCUAUCACCUCAUGGGACUGGGUGCACGUCAGCAGCAUCAACAACCUGGCCGACGUGCACGCGCUGUACGUCGGGGGCGAGCCCCUGGAGAAGGAGGCGCGGGAGCUCUUUGUGAAGGGCACCAUGGCUGACAUCAGGAGUCACUUCCAGGACCUGAUGUCAUACUGUGCCCGUGAUGUCCAGGCCACCCAUGAGGUGUUCCAGGAACAGCUGCCACUCUUCAUGGAGAGGUGCCCCCACCCUGUGACGUUUGCAGGGAUGCUGGAGAUGGGAGUGUCCUACCUGCCAGUCAAUGGGAACUGGAAGAGAUACCUGGAUGAUGCUCAGGACAUCUAUGAGGAGCUGCAGAAGGAGAUGAAGAAGUCCCUAAUGAACCUGGCGAAUGAUGCCUGCCAGCUGCUGCACGAGGACAGGUACAAGGAUGACCCCUGGCUGUGGGACCUUGAGUGGGAUACGCAGGAGUUUAAGCAGAAGAAGAAUCCACGGAAGAAGAAGAAGGAUCAGGAUGGGAACAGCAAAGUCUCUGCAGUGGUGGCAGGCACUGAUGAGUCCAUGCAGGAGUGGCAGGAAGACCUUGGUCCCCCCAGUGAGGAGGAGGAGCUGAAAGCCCCUGCGAGCCAGGUCUGCUUGGAGCGUCUGAAGGAGACGGUCACGCUGCAACCCAAGAGACUCCAGCACCUGCCGGGCCACCCAGGCUGGUACCGCAAGCUGUGCCCACGCCUGGAUGACGUGGGGUGGGUGCCAGGACCCAGCCUCAUCAGCCUGCAGAUGAGGGUGACCCCGAAGCUGAUGCGCCUGGCCUGGGAUGGCUUCCCCCUCCAUUACUCAGAUAAGCAUGGCUGGGGCUACCUGGUGCCGGGGAGGCAGGACAAUUUGCUGGCAGCCCCUUCAGAGGCAGAGGGCCCUUCCUGCCCACACAGGGUGAUCGAGUACCUGUACAGACAGCACUGCCUGGAGAAGGGCAAGGAGCAGCCAGCGGGGCUGGAGGCUGCCGUGGAGGACGAGCUGCUGGCGAUGGACAGCAGCACCAUGUGGCAGGAGGUGGAAGAGCUGAGCCAGCUGGAGGUGGAUGUGGAGGAGAAAAUGGGUAGAACAGACCAGGGUCUGGAGCAGGAGUUGGAUGGGCAGUUUGAACCGGUGCAGGAUGCAAAGAGCCAGCCCUCGUACCACCACGGGAAUGGUCCCUACAAUGAUGUCAAUGUCCCUGGGUGCUGGUUCUUCAAGCUGCCUCACAAGGAUGGGAAUGAAAACAACGUGGGAAGCCCUUUUGCCAAGGAUUUCCUGCCUCGGAUGGAGGAUGGCACCCUGCGAGCUGCCGUGGGCCGCACCCACGGGACCAGAGCCCUUGAGAUUAACAAAAUGAUCUCAUUUUGGAGGAAUGCUCACAAGAGGAUCAGUUCCCAGAUGGUGGUGUGGCUGAAGAAGGGGGAGCUGCCUCGCGUGGUCACCAGGCACCCCGACUAUAACGAGGAGGACAGUUAUGGAGCCAUCCUGCCGCAGGUGGUGACCGCGGGCACCAUCACCCGCCGGGCGGUGGAGCCCACGUGGCUGACGGCCAGCAAUGCCCGGGCUGACCGGGUGGGCAGUGAGCUGAAAGCCAUGGUCCAGGUGCCACCUGGCUACUCCCUGGUGGGCGCAGACGUGGAUUCCCAGGAGCUCUGGAUAGCUGCUGUCCUGGGCGAGGCGCACUUUGCCGGCAUGCACGCCCCGGCGCGGCUGCUGAUGCAGUUCAACCACCGGCUGACCCCGCAGCAGGCGCGCGAGAAGGCCCAGCAGAUGUACGCUGUCACCAAGGGCAUCCGGAGGUUUCAUCUCUCCGAGGAGGGCGAGUGGCUGGUGAAGGAGUUGGACCUGGCUGUGGACAGGGCAGAGGAUGGAUCUGUGUCGGCCCAGGAUGUCCAUCGGCUCCAGAGAGAAGCUGUGAAAAGGUCCCGGAGGAAGACAAAAAUGAAGUGGAAUGUGGUGGAGAACAGAGUAUGGGCUGGAGGCACCGAGUCUGAGAUGUUCAACAAGCUGGAGAGCAUCGCCUUAUCCCCCACACCGCAGACCCCGGUGCUGGGCUGUCACAUCAGCAGGGCCCUGGAGCCUGCUGUGGCCAAGGGGGAGUUUCUGACCAGCAGAGUGAACUGGGUGGUACAGAGCUCAGCUGUUGACUACCUGCACCUCAUGCUGGUCGCCAUGAAGUGGCUCUUUGAGGAGUUUGACAUCAACGGGCGCUUCUGCAUCAGCAUCCAUGAUGAGGUGCGCUACCUGGUCCAGGAGCAGGAUCGUUACCGGGCAGCCCUGGCCCUGCAGAUCACCAACCUCCUGACACGGUGCAUGUUUGCUUACAAACUGGGCCUCCAGGAUCUGCCACAGUCAGUGGCUUUCUUCAGUGCCGUGGAUGUUGACCAGUGCUUAAGGAAGGAGGUGACCAUGAACUGUGUGACACCAUCAAAUCCAACCGGCAUGGAGAAGAAAUACGGGAUCCCACAGGGAGAAGCACUGGAUAUAUAUCAGCUAAUUGAAAUAACCAAAGGUUCUCUGGAGAAGAAAUGA